UAAAAGCAGUGUGCGCGCUACUUUAGAUCCAAGAUGGCGUCCAUUUCUUCAAUAAGACAGCUCGUUGAGGUGGUCCUUGUCAACCCAUUCCGUCAGCUAAAAUCAUGGCGUCUGCCAGUACGGGGAGCAGGGUGUCCUGCGGGAGAGAUAUGAAUAACGUACCGGAGGUUGCCGACACGCUAGCCGCGGUUGCCAAACUUGGAUUCGACUUCCUAUGUAUGCCCCUGUUCCACCCGAGGUUCACAAGAGAGUAUGAGUUGGAACCCGCCAAAUCCCGAGCCGGUGCCCAGACCCGGUCAGAUCUGCUGCUGUGUGGAAGAGACUGGAAUACUCUCAUUGUUGGAAAGCUCUCUCCAUGGAUAGAUGCAGACUCAGAAAUUGAGACGAAACGCAGAAACUCUGAAGCUGCUCUGGCACAGGAACUUAACUUUUCAGCCUACUUGGGUCUACCUGUCUUUAUGAUCCCACUGCGUGGAGCUCAUAAUGCCAACUUAGCCCGCUUGCUGCUAAACCACAUCCACACUGGACACCACACCUCAAAUUUCUGGAUACGUGUCCCAUUGAUGGCAUUAGAAGACAUGCAGGAUGAUCUGAUUGAGAAUGAGCCCAACACAUGCGAUGAUGACUCUAGUGUUGAUGAGAAGACCUGGAGCUGGUGGCACUCAUUUAGAACCCUUUGUGAUUACAACAAGAGGAUUUAUCUAGCUAUUGAAGUUGGAGCAGACAUACCGUCUGACGUGGUGAUGGAUAAGUGGCUUGGAGAACCUAUCAAAGCAGCCAUACUUCCUACUAGCAUCUUCCUUACUAAUAAGAAGGGCUUCCCAGUUUUGUCAAAGGCCCAUCAGCGAAUAGUUUUCCGGCUUUUUAAGCUGGAAGCUCAGUUCAUCUUCACAGGCACCAGUCGGCACACUGAGAAGGACUUUCGAUCAUACCUGCAGUACCUGGAAUACCUUAACCAAAAUCGCCCUGCUCCCAAUUCCUAUGAACUGUUUGCUAAAGGCUAUGAAGACUACCUGCAGUCCCCUCUCCAGCCUCUCAUGGACAACCUGGAGUCUCAGACAUAUGAAGUGUUUGAGAAGGAUCCUGUUAAAUAUUCACAGUACCAACAGGCUGUGUAUAAAUGUCUACUUGACAGAGUUCCAGAGGAGCAGAAAGACACCAAUGUCCAGGUAUUGAUGGUGUUAGGAGCAGGUAGGGGCCCCCUGGUCAAUGCAUCUCUCCGUGCUGCCAGACAGGCAGACCGGAAGCUGAGGGUAUAUGCAGUGGAGAAAAAUCCCAAUGCUGUAGUCACGCUGGAGAAUUGGCGCUUUGAAGAGUGGGGUGAUCAGGUGACAGUGGUGUCAUGUGACAUGCGAGAGUGGGUAGCACCUGAGAAAGCAGACAUCAUCAUCAGCGAGCUCCUCGGAUCAUUUGGCGACAAUGAACUCUCUCCUGAGUGCUUAGAUGGAGCACAGCACUUUCUGAAAGAUGACGGAGUGAGCAUUCCCUGUUCCUACACGUCUUUUGUUGCGCCGUUGUCGUCUUCCAAGCUUUACAAUGAAGUGCGAGGGUGCAGGGAACGUGACAAGGACCCCGAGUGCCAUUUUGAGACACCAUAUGUAGUGCGCCUCCAUAACUUCCACCAGUUGGCUGAUCCCAAACCUUGCUUUACCUUCACACAUCCUACAAAGGAUAUGAACAACAAUCGGUAUCAGUGCCUCAGAUUCCCUGUGGGUUGUAACUCUGUGCUUCACGGUUUUGCUGGCUACUUUGAGACCACGCUGUACAAAGAUGUCACACUUAGUAUAAAACCAGACACGCAUUCCCCUGGAAUGUUUUCCUGGUUCCCCAUCUUGUUCCCUCUCAAACAACCCAUCGCUGUUUCCCGGGAUGAAGAUAUCACAGUUCGAUUCUGGCGAUGCAACAAUGGGAAGAAAGUUUGGUAUGAAUGGGCUGUGACUGAGCCCACGUGCUCUGCCAUCCACAACCCUGCAGGACGCUCCUAUACCAUUGGCCUGUAAAGAUGCUUUGUGUCACGCCUAUCGACAGGCAGGCGCUUGCAUUUCUCAAAGCAGGUGACGAAGAGGCGGACUUUGUUUUUGCAUAGUUAAAAGAUGAAUAUGUGUUGUUAGCACUUAAAGUCAGCAAGGUGAGGGUUGUAGAGAACGGAUGUUAGCACUGAAGAUGGAAAAAGACGAUUCAAUAAAUCAGACUUUGUUCAGGACUUGCUUAUAAUUCCGGUUCAGCAGACUCUCGCCUGCAAAUGUUUUUGUUUUUUUGGUUUUUUUUCCUUUCUUUCUUUGUAGUCAAGAUUCAUUUAAACAGCUCAAUACGUGUGUGGUUCCCACUAAUGCUCUGGCACAAAGUCAUUCAAACACAACCUAUGCCUUAUCAAACACACAUUCCAUACUGGAAAAACAACCUUCUUUGUAUGUGAGUAGCACAUUGUUUUUCGGGACUCUUCUUCAUACUGUUUUUUUUUUGUUUGUUUGUUUGUUUGUUUUUAAGUUUCUGUAUUGUUGAACCAUGCCAAUUAAAAACAACACUGUAAUGUUCUC